AUGGAUUCAUUUGAUGAUGAUGUGCGGGGGCGUCCGAAGCGUGCCCCACCACCUCCACCUCCGCGAUAUCACAACCAUCCACCUCAGCCUCAGCCUGACCAAGGACUAUCGAAAAGUUCUGAUGAUGGCUCUUAUCUUCCCGUCACAACUCAGCGACGAGCACCGAAUGGCAUCCGACACGAGAAGACUGAUUUCCAGUUGGCGCAAAUCAUGGACAGUGUGUUCUACCAACCCACCGAUGAAGAAUCAUAUCGGCGGCUAUUCUAUGAAGAUAGGCAUACUUCGUGGUUUGGAGUUAACAAAGAUGGACCUCGACUGAUGUUCCUCGACCAUGGACGUUACGGGGAGGUAAUGGCGAGGACGAGCUCGAACCGUUCUGUUCCUACUCCCAAUUCCAAUCCUUUUACAGCUAGGAUAUCUCAAGGCCAACGAACUCCAAGCUUAGUAAGUCUCGUUGGACAAACAGGAGCUGGAAAAAGUACACUUGUCAAAUUACUUAUCGACCUUCAACACCGAUCCAUUGGCAAGAGUUUUCCUGCGCCUGUCAUUGGGAUGCCAGGAAAGGACGUGCCCACUUCUGAAGGAGUUCACCUCUACUUAGAUCCAGGUUCUGCAUUCACCGACGCUCCACUCCUGUACGCUGACUGUGAGGGACUUGAUGGCGGGGAACGAGAGCCUAUCAGCGCGCGGUACGGGCGACGAGAGUCCGACUUUGGAAACGAGCGUGAGUAUGGGAUGGGCCUCUCAUCUAAGACGCGAUACACAUCGGAACACGAGUUGAUGUGGGCGGAUUCAGCUUUUCGACGGAGCCGCGAGUUCAUUGUUACCAGCCUCUAUCCAAGGCUUCUGUAUACUUUUUCUGAUGUCAUCAUUUUUGUCCUUCGAAACCCUCGCGUAAUAGAGAGCGUAUUUGAACAGCUCAUCGAUUGGGCUGCUGUUGCUCUGGAAACCUCGUCUAACCAGCCUGCUCUUCCACAUGCCAUCAUACUAUUAAAUACUUGUGAACUUGACGUCGAUGAUGGAUCAUGGGACGUUGAAACCGCGACGGGUAAUCUUCUUGACGCCUUAUCGCACACUAUUCAUUUGAACCCUACCUUCCAAAAGUAUGCUCAAUACUGGCAAGAAAGAGACAAGAAAGUAGAUUCUGUGAAGGAGCUAAUGAUGUGUUAUUAUAGCUCUUUGAGAAUUGUUCGAAUGCCAGACAAAAGCCAGCCUCAAUUGGUGCAGUCUCAAACGGAUAAGCUUUACCAGGAAAUCCAAACAGCGUGUAUUGCGGCCCGGACGCGAAAAGCCGAACUCAGGAUGCUUCUCGAUGCAGGAGAAUUGCAAUCGUAUCUUCAAUUCGCAUUUGAACACUUCUCGGCUAGAUUAGACGUCCCAUUCGACUUCGUCCAAGCAUCAUUCCUAAAUAAUCCAAUCCCUUCAGACUUCGGCGGAAGUAUCCUAAAAUUGGCUAUCAGGAUGGUGGAGCAAGAAGACGAUCCUGAUGCCAGGGUUAUUUUCAGCAAGCUUAGUUGUAUGGUCGCCUCUUGCAUUAUGCUCGACUCCGUGCGGCACAAAAUCAAAGGCAAUGCAGACUCCAUCUUCCCACUUUAUCUUCAGCACUUGGAAGUUGCUCUAAAAGACUUCUGUGACCGUCACUGGCCCUGCGAAUUUGCAAUCAACCGAGCGGCUCGCAACCGGAUCCCAAAACUGAUGGAUAACCGGGCUGGGCUAUCAACCAUUACGAAAUGCGUAAACGUUCGUAGCGGCCAUGGUUCCAAAGGGCACCAGCUCGCCGAUGGACGGGUGUUUGCUGCAGGAGAAUACGUCUCAGACUUUUCAUUUGGGGAGAAUCGAGACGAAUUCCUCAACAUGGUCUAUUUCCGCCUAGAGCAUCUUUUAGACCUGCUUACAAUUCGUCUUAGCAAUGGCGAAGCAGAAAGAGAGGCUGCAAAAGAGCUGCACAGAGACGACGUUAUGGCUCAUUUCUAUGGCGAUGGUCCCAAAGGAGGUGUCAGAUCUGUUCACAGUCACUCCGUCUGUUUCUGCUGCCUUUUUGAAUCGCCAGAACACUGUUUGCCUUGCGGUCAUAUUCUCUGCACUGCAUGCAUUAAAACCUAUGGGAAGUCGAAGGACGCGAACACAGUCGAAAUGUACGAAUGUCCAUUAGAGACAAACGCUGCUGGGAGAUAUCAACCUUGGACAGUCCACUUAAAGCCAGAAUCGGCAGGUCUUAGGGUGUUGUGUCUCGAUAGUGGUGGCGUUCGAAAUGUAAUACAGUUGGAGAUUCUUCGAUUACUUGAAAGAGAGCUGAAUGGGAAACUUCCAAUCCAGUGUUUCUUUGAUCUGAUAGUUGGUUCCGGGACUGCUGGUAUUAUAGCUCUUGGGCUUGGGACCCGAAACUGGAGCGUGGAAGAGUGUCUAGAUCAUUUUGAGAAGAUUUGCGCCCAAGCCUUUGCCAAUCGUGGAGGCCGGCAUAUCCCUGGUGCUGGCUGGCUGGUCGAAAGUCUAGCGCAUGCCAAAUAUGACAGCAUUCCCUUGGAAGCAGCCCUUAAAGAGGCUUUCUCCGAUAGUCAAUAUCUCUUUGGUGGACCACGUCACAGGGGGCUCUCGGAUCUCAACGUCAAGGUUGCUCUCGCAACUUCAACUCCAGGAGGGAACGACGUAGUACUAGCGAACUAUAACCGUCAACUGAGGUGGCGUGAUAAAUACCAAUUCUAUCGCUCAGAGAAUCUUGCAGCGGAGUUCAAGACUUGGGAGGUCGCGCGAGCCUGUAUGGCAACACCGAGACUUUUCAAACCUAUGCAGCAUCUCCCCUCCAGGCAAGCAUUGCUCGAAUCCGGAAUCCACUCUCAAAACCCCAUCCACAUAGCAAUGAAUGAAUGCCGAGCCCUCCUUCCGAGUUCUAGUGCUAGAGAUAAGCACCCAGACAUCAUCCUUUCUCUUGGGUCCGGAAUAUAUUCUACAAAUAGCAGCGUGAUAGAGCCUAUCUCCUCACGUCCUUCGAGAGCUUUCAGCAUUCGAAGUCGGACGGUGAAGACGUCUGAGUAUCAAAUCUUGAUGGCAGCCCACUGUCAAAAGAUCUGGGACGAUCAUAUCAACAGCUUAUUUGGAUCCUCUUCAAGCUCCGCCUUUGUCCGUCUGAAUCCUGAGAUUUCCGAAAACCUUACCAGUUUCGAAUCUCACGAGUCGAUGAAGCUACUGCGAAGUCAUAUAGUAGAGCAAUACAGAAACGAUGCGCGAAUAAAACAACUCGCGGCUCAAUUGAUAGCCACGCUGUUCUACUUUGAAACGGUAGGUAGUAUCUGGGAUACAUGCGAAGAUGGACUCUCUAUGAAAGGCAAGCCUUUUCUCCUGUAG